AUGUCAGAGAUGAGAAGGAUGAUGAUGAUUAGUAUGAAGAUACUUGCUUUGCUGCCUUUCCUCUCUGGAGCUUUGGGUGCUGCAGAAAUGAGAAAAAUUGCUUCUCGAAACAAUGUGACGUGUAUCUUAGUAUUCGGAGACUCCAGUGUCGAUCCUGGCAAUAACAAUGUUCUACACACCACCAUGAAAGGGAAUUUCCUUCCUUAUGGCAAAGACUUCUUGAAUGGCCGCCCAACUGGAAGGUUCAGCAAUGGCAGACUUGCCACAGAUUUCAUUGCGGAUGCAGUUGGGUACACAAACAUUAUUCCAGCAUUUCUUGACCCAAAUCUAAAGCCUGCAGAUCUGCUUCAUGGUGUUAGUUUUGCAUCAGCUGCUUCGGGUUAUGAUGACUUCACUGCUAAUUUUUCGAAUGUAUUACCUCUUUCCAGACAGCUAAAGAGUUUUAUGCAUUACAAAUUGAACUUGACAAGAUUGGUGGGUAAGAAGACAGCUGAGGAUACUAUCACAAAUGCCGUAUUUGUUAUGAGUAUGGGCACAAAUGACUUUAUCCAAAAUUACUACUUGGAACCGACUCGCUCCAAGCAAUUCCAUUCAGAACUCCUAAACUCCAUAACUAUCAUGAUUGUGCAUGUUUAAACUUUGUUGCAGACAAUGCAUAGGCUAGGAUGCACAAGAUUGGUUCUUGUUGGAGUCCCACCAUUUGGUGAGACCAAAUGUGUAAAAGACUAUAACAAAGUGUCGUUCUCUUUAAACUCCAAGAUACAAAAGAAAUUGGAGAACAUUACGAAGACAUCUGGAAUGAAGAUUGUAUUUGUUGAUGCUUAUGGUAUUGUUGAAAGUGCCAUUAAUAAGCCAGAGUUAUACGGUCUGACUGAAACUUCAAAAGGGUGUUGCGGCACUGGAACUAUAGAGGUCGGAGAAUCAUGCAGAGGGUUAGAAACUACCGAUCUGGCAAAGUAUUUAUUCUGGGAUGCUGUUCAUCCAACAGAGAAGUUGUACAAAAUCGUUGCUGAAAAAGCUUUGCAAAGGUUUGAUGAAAUUCUUUGUCUAGGGAAUUUUGUUGGGUAA